UGUCUGUCUGUCUGUCUGCCUCUGAGUCUCCCCCCUUUCUCUUCUUUCCAAAGAUUCUUCCAUUUUCUUCCUUGCAUUUUAAGCACUCCCCAAAUCUCAUAAAUUAGGUAGAUUCAGACAACUACACACUUCCUUAUUUGUACACUAGGAGUUUAUUAUUAUUAUUAUUAUUAUUAUAUUUUUUGAAAAAAAGAAGAAGAUAUUUUCGAAUUUUCUUUAAUUUUUUCUUGAAUAUGAUGUGGGAGCUUUUGAAUGCGAAAUGCGUGAAGACCCAAUGAUGUUGUCACUGAUACGAAGCUGACGUGUGUGCAUUCUGCAGCGAGAAUCAGGGAAACUGAGAUUCUCUUGUACAUACAUAGGCAAGGGAGCCCAGGGUUGUUAGCUGUUGUUAGACUAGAAUCGCAAUAAUGUCGAGGAUCACCAAGUGGAAGCUUGAGAAGAAUAAAGUUAAAGUGGUCUUUCGGCUUCAGUUUCAUGCAACACAUAUCCCACAAACUGGAUGGGACAAAUUAUUUAUAUCAUUUAUCCCAGCAGACUCCGGCAAGACAACAGCAAAGACAACUAAAGCAAGUGUGAGAAAUGGAUCAUGCAAAUGGGCAGAUCCUAUUUAUGAGACUACGAGGCUUCUCCAAGAUGUAAAAAACAAAGAAUAUGAUGAGAAGCUGUACAAAAUUGUUGUUGCAAUGGGUUCUUCGCGAGCUAGUAUUCUCGGUGAGGCUACAAUCAACCUUGCCGAACAUGCGGAUGCUUCGAAGCCUUCUGUAGUUGCAUUACCUCUUCAUGGAUGCAAUACAGGAACUAUAUUACAUGUCACUGUACAGUUGCUAACAUCCAAAACAGGAUUCAGAGAAUUUGAGCAGCAAAGGGAACUCCGGGAGAGGGGUUUGCAGUCGGGAGUUGAUAAUAAGCCUGAUGACACAGGCCCUGGAAAAGUGUCGGUCUCCAGAGACGCUGCUCGUGGUGAAAUGGAAAAGGGCAGCAGAAGGGCUAGAUUCAGACCAGAUGCUAAAGAACUUUCGUCAGUUGAAGAAGUAGAAGAAUAUGGAGAUAUGGCUGUCGGAUUUGAUGGCUCUUCUAAUGCAUCAGAAAGUUUCUAUGCUGAAAAAAAUGAUGCCUCCAGCACGCAGGAAAUCAAUAGCGUGAAGAGUGCAUCUUUUGGUGACUCAAAUGAACCUCCCAAUAGUCAAAGCCCACAGCCAAGACAAACAACUCCUUCUGAAAGUCAAGUCGUGGCUCGUGGGAGUAAUGAUUCAGUCCAUGGAUGGGUUUCGGACUGCUCUAUGGAUAAUGACUUGGCAAUUGCUUGUGAUGAGAAUAAUAGACUCAGAGGAAGCUUAGAACUGGCAGAAACGUCAAUUUUUGAGCUGAAGCUUGAAGUGAGUUCUCUGCAAAGUCAAGCUAAUGAACUAGGCAUUGAAGCCGAAAAGUUUGCUCACCUUCUUGCCGCUGAGAUAUCCUCUGGUGAAGAAUUGGCUAAGGAGGUCUCUGUCCUGAAACUAGAAUGUUUGAAGUUCAAGGAUGACGUUGAAAGACUACAAAAUUUAAAAGCAAGCCCUCAGAGUACAGAAAAACAAAAUGUACAUGCUGAUUGUGGCCGCUCAGUUCAAGAAAUACAAGUUAAAUGGAUCAAAGGAAUUUUACUGCUGGAAGACAGGAUACGGGACCUUCAAAAUAAGACUUACCUUGGUUUCCAUGAACGAGAACAUAGGCUUCUCCAGUCGGAACUCGAGGUAUUGCAGCAGAUUCUGCAGGAUAUAAAACAAGGGUCAGAGAAUGAAAUAUCCUUGCUAAGUAUUGUGCCACCCGUAAUUACGGAUGUAAAAGAGGUAAGAGACCCCUUUUUACAGAAAACGGAGCACCCUUUGCCUGGACUUGGGUUGGAUUUGGAUUUGUGUCCACCCGAAGAUAUACUUCAUCAUUUUAGUAUACCUUCCCUUGUUUCUCAAGGACCGGAUUCUAUGGGUGCUGUAGAUGCAAUGAAAACAAAAAUUUUUGAUCUCAUAAGAGAACUGGAUGAAGCAAAGUUUGAAAGGGAAAGCCUCGUCAAAAAAAUGGAUCAGAUGGAGUGCUACUAUGAAGCACUCGUUCAGGAACUUGAGGAGAAUCAGAAGCAAAUGCUGACAGAGCUGCAGGGUCUUAGGAGUGAGCACUCUACUUGCAUUUAUACAAUUUCUAGCAGUAAAGCUGAAAUGGAGUCCUUGCGCCAAGAUAUGAACCACCAGAUUGUCCAGCUUGUUGACGAGAAUCGCAAUUUAGAUGCCAUUAACAAAGAGCUCGAGAAAAGAGCUGCUUCAUCAGAAGCAGCUCUUAGGAGGGCGCGCAUGAACUAUUCAAUUGCUGUUGAAAAAUUACAAAAGGAUCUUGAGCUCCUUUCAUCACAGGUUGUCUCCAUGUUUCAGACUAAUGAGAACCUCAUCAAACAAGCAUUCUUAGAACCUUCAAUGGCAGAGGACCUCGAGUAUGUCAAUGGUUUGCAAUACUUAGAAAGUUCUGAUACUACAAUGCAAUUGCAGUUCCACAAUCAAAAUUUAAGUACGAGGAAACAAUCACUCUGCGGAGAUGUCCUUUUAGAGGACUUGAAGAAAUCACUCUUCUUACAGGAAGAGCUUUAUAUGAAGGUUGAAGAAGACCUAAAUGAAAUGCACUCUGUGAAUUUGUACUUGGACAUAUACUCCAAGACUCUAGUAGAAACAAUGCUUGAGGCAGAUCAUAGUUCUGUAUUAAUGAAGAAAUAUAUGGAUGAACUUGCUCAGCAGUUAGAGUUUUCAAAUGAAUGCAGGGAUCAGUUGAUGGCAAAACUGCAGGUUGCUUUGGAAGAUAUUAGCAUUCUAAAUGAGGACAAGGCUAGAUGCAUUAAUAAGUUCAAUGAACUUGUUCUCCAGAAUCAAAUUUUAGUGGAUAAACUGGAAGGGAUUUCAAAGGAAAACUGUCUUCUCACAGAGAAGCUCAUGGGCGUAGAAGCAAUUUCAGCAGAAUAUAGAAAUUGCCUGAGCAAAUAUGAAGCUUGUUUGGAAGAGAAAGCAGAGUUGUCAAGUUUAUUGGAACAAGGAAAGCUAGAAAAUGGAAUGCUUCAUACUGAAAUAUCUGUUCUGAAGGAGGACCUGAAAAUUGUUGAGUCCAAGCUUGACAAUUUGGUUUCUUCAAAGGAAAAUCUUCAGCAAAAUGUCAGCUUUGUGCAGGGUAGGUUAGUUAAUAUUUUGGAAUCUUAUGGUGAGCAAUCUAUUGGGACUCCUCCUUUGGGUAAAGCCCAUCAUCCCGACUUGGACUUGAAUAAUCUCAAAGGUCUUCUGUUCCAAGUCGAAGAGAUCCAACAUAAAUCAUGUAGCAAGAUUCUUCAACUCAUGGAAGAUAACAAGUGUCUAGAGGCUGAAAAACAUGCUUCUGAAGUGUCCCUUAGCAGAGCCAGUUCAGAAAUUCUUGCAGUCAAGCAAAAGUUUAAAAAUAAUAUACAGGACAUGGCUGCUAAAUUAGGCACAUCUAACGCCCUUGUGGAGAAGCUUCAGUUUGAACUUGAAUCUGUUGCAAAUAAACUCCACUUCACCUCUGAAGUGGAGGAAAAACAUGCGCAACAGAACCGAGAGCUUUUGGCUGAUCUCUCCCUCUUGGAAGUUGAACUGCAAAACCUCGCAUCUAGAAAUGGGCAUGUUGUUCAAGAAAUAUUAGGCCUGGAUUCUUUAGCUGAUGAAAUUGGGAGAAGCAGCUCAACGAUUGCUGAGUUAUUACAAGAGAACAAGGACCUCAUGAUGUCUUUACAGGGUAAGACCGAGGAAUCUGUCAAGCUUGCAUCCGAAAUCAGCAGUCUGAAAGAAAACUUGCGAAGCCUUAAUGGUGAGUUGCAUUCCGAGAUAGGUUCUAAGGCUGUGCUACAGGCUAGGGUGCAAGACCUUAUGUCUCAAUUGAAUGAGAAGCACGGUAGCUUAAGUGAUCUGGAGAAGCGUAAUAGUGAGCUAUUACAAGAGAACAAGGACCUCAUGAUGUCUUUGCAGGGUAAGACCGAGGAAUCUGUCAAGCUUGCAUCUGAAAUCAGUAGUCUGAAAGAAAACUUGGGAAGCCUUAAUGGUGAGUUGCAUUCUGAGGUAGAUUCUAAGGCUGAGCUACAAGCUAGGGUGCAAGACCUUAUGUCUCAAUUGAAUGAGAAGCACGAUAGCUUAAGUGAUCUGGAGAAGCGUACUACUGAGCUAUUACAAGAGAACAAGGACCUCAUGGUGUCUUUACAGGGUAAGACUGAGGAAUGUGUCAAGCUUGGAUCUGAAAUCAAUGGUCUGAAAGAAAAAUUGGGAAGCCUUCAUGGUGAGUUGCAUUCUGAGGUAGAUUCUAAGGCUGAGCUACAGGCUAGGGUGCAAGACCUUAUGUCUCAAUUGAAUGAGAAGCAAGGUAGCUUAAGUGAUCUGGAGAAGCGUAAUACUGAGCUAAUACAAGAGAACCAGGAUCUCAUGAUGUCUUUACAAGGUAAGACUGAGGAAUCUGUCAAGCUUGGAUCUGAAAUCAGUGGUCUGAAAGAAAACUUGAGAAGUCUUCAUGAUGAAAUGCGUUCUGAGAAAGCUUCUAAGGCUGCAGUAGAAGGUAGGGUGCAAGAUCUUACUUUCCAAUUGAAUGAGAAAUGCAACUGCUUACUUGAUCUGGAGAAGUGUAACACUAAGCUAUUACAAGAGAAGCAAGAUCUCGUGAUGUCCUUGCAGGGUGCAACUGAGGAAUCUUCCAAGCUUGCAUCCGAAAUCAGUUGUCUGAAAGAAAACUUGAGAAGUCUACAUGAUGAAUUGCACACUGAGAGAGAUUCUAAGGCUGAACUCGAGGGGACAAUGCGAGAUCUUACUUUUCAAUUGAAUGAGAAGCAUAGCAGCUUACAUUCAAUAGAGAAGCAGAGCGCUAGUGUAAUACAAGAGAAGCAAGAUCUCAUAGCUUCCUUACAGGGCAAGACCGAGGAGUCUGUCAAGCUUGCAUCUGAAAUCAUUAGCUUGAAAGAUAACUUGAGAUGUCUACAUGAUGAAUUGAACUCUCAGAAAAGUUCCAAUUCUGAAUUAGAGGGUAGGCUGAGAGAUCUUACUUCCAAAUUGAAUGAGGAGCAUCUCAACUUACUUGACUUGGAGAAGCUAAAUACCGAACUUGCUCAUUUUCAAGAGCAGGCAUCAGAACUAGAAAUGGAGAAAUCUCGACUUCAUCAUCUUUUGCUGCAGCGUGAUGAGUGUAUUGAAAAACUUAAGGAAGAUGUGUCCCUUCUUCAUGCUCUCAAAAGUCUUGAACUGCAAAUGCAUGAAUCUUUAAUAGCCUCUGAUGUUAAAUUCACCUUUGCUGUAAACCAAUAUGGAACUGUUGUCCAGGGACUUGCUCAGCAACUUGAACUAUCUGAUGACUGUCUUGGAGAUCUUAGGAAACAAUGUGAUGAUCUACAGGCAAAGUUGAAUCAAGAUUUUGCAGGUAAGGAUCAUCAUAUUGAAGAAAAUUUAAAGUUGUUGACAGCUCUUGAUGCUGUUAGAUCUGAUCUGGAAGCCUCUCUUGCUCAAAAUAAGGUUCUUUCAGAUUCUAACAGUGCUGCAAAGGUGAGAGUUGAGGAAUACAAGAACCAGAUUACAAUUCUUGAGGAUGGUCUUUCCCAGGCCAAACAUUGUCAUGCACUUGAAGUAGAACAUCUGAAAGACAUGCUGGCAAAUGCUGAAGAAGAAAUUUGUUACUUGAUAGCCUCCAAAGAGGAACUGGGCAUCAUGGUGACGGUUCUCAGAAGCAAAUUAGAUGAACAGAUUCCUCACAUGACUUUGCUGGAGAAAUACCAAGGUGAACAGCUGACAUUACAAUCUCAGUAUAAUGAGCUUGCACACAAGCUCUCCCAGCAAGUUCUGAAGACUGAAGAAUUCAGGAAUUUAUCUGUUCAUUUGAAGGAGCUAAAGGAUAAGGCUGAAGCUGAAUGUGUCCUGGCUAGAGAAAAACGAGAAUCUGAAGGACCACCAGUUGCCAGGCAAGAAUCCUUGCGAAUGGCUUUUAUCAAAGAACAGUGUGAGACAAAGGUGCAAGAACUGAGGCAACAGCUUUCUAUUUCCAAAAGGCAUGGAGAGGAUAUGCUUUUGAAGCUCCAAGAUGCAAUUGAUGAAACUGAAAGUAGGAAGAGAUCUGACGCUUUACACUCUAAAAGAAAUGAGGAACUAGCUCUCAAGCUCUUGGGUUUGGAAUCUGAACUACAAGAGGUGCUUUCUGACAAGCGUGAAAUUACUAAAGCUCAUGAUCGAAUAAAGACAGAACUGGAAUGUGCAGUUCUAAGCUUAGAAUGUUCCAAGGAAGAAAAGGAAAAGCUUGAAGUCUCUUUGCAAGAAUGUAUGGGAGAAUGUUCUAGACUUGCAGCAGAAUUGUCUGUGAUAAAACAGCAACUCGAGAAUGUCAAGUCCCAAAGUACUCAUAAAGAAGUAAAACAUGGAUCUGAUGAGUCAACUAAACCUUCAUCUCCUAAUUCCUCACAUCAGGAAAAUCUGAUUUCUCCUGAAAAGUUGGAGGAUGCAUGCUCAAAUCUGACUGGUGAAAGUGAAGAUUUGACUAUGCUAAACCGAUUGCAAACUGCUGAGGGUACUAUGUCCGUUGAGGGGAAACUGAAUUCCCAACAUCUAUCUACUGAAGGACUUUCAUCGGCUAGUGUUGAUUUUAAGAACAAUCAUUUUGUAACCCAAAAUUUGAGGGCUAGCAUGGAGCACCUACAUGAAGAGUUGGAAAGGAUGAAAAAUGAAAACUAUCUUUUUCCCAAGGAUCAUCAUUGUGACCCAGAUUUUCAAGAUUCUCAGAGAGAACUUGUGCAAUUACAGAAGACAAAUGAAGAUCUUAGAAGCAUGUUCCCACUUUUUAAUGAAAUUGCUACUGGUGGUAAUGCAUUGGAAAGGGUUCUGGCACUGGAGCUUGAGCUUGCUGAAGCUUUGAAGACAAAGAGCAAACCAAACAUCUUCCAGAGUUCUUUCCUAAAACAACACAGCGACGAAGAAGCCAUUUUCAAGAGUUUUAGAGACAUCAAUGCAGUAAUUAAAGAAAUGUUGGAACUAAAAGGAAGGCAUGCUGCAAUGGAGAAUGAACUGAAAGAUAUGCACGACAGAUACUCUCAGCUAAGCCUCCAGUUCGCGGAGGUUGAAGGUGAAAGACAGAAACUCAAGAUGACACUCAAGAAUCUCCGGGGGUCUAGGAAACUCACUCAAAUAAACCGCACCUCGUCCUCCAUUCCAGCAGAAAAUUCCUCCUAGUAAGCUACUUUUUCCACAGCAUGUGAUGGAAUGCAUUUCAUUUGGUUCUGCUCACAAAAUUUAAACCUGCAUUCAUGUCUCCAAGGCUCUGAACUCCCUUCAGGCUUCAGGUCUAUUAGUCUCUGUAUAUAGCAAAUAUCAUUGCUGAAUUUUGUUAAUGGCUUAAAUUAUAUGAUGUAGAUUUGUCUCUAGUAGCUAUGCAUUCUUUUGGUUUAUGCUUCUCCCUUUCUGUUGUAACAUCAAGUAUAUGUAAUAUGUAGCCUUUUUUUUUUCUAGUUAAUUUUUGUAAUUAAACUUUACCAUUCCAGCUGAGUGUCUGCAAUAGGCAUCAAAGUUCUCACCUGGAGUUUUCUCUCGACUUUUUGUCUAAUCUGUCUGCAAAAUUUAUGAUUAUGGAUCAUAUGUUGGAA